AUGAGUUGCCAGCAGGAGUCAUCGACCUCCGUAUCCUGUAACUCCUGCCCCAGUGAUGGCCAGCACAAUGGCUGUGUGGGCGACAUUGAAGACUACAAAGUCGAGCUGGACUCGUUACGCAAACGCACUCGGGAGCUUGAACAGAAGCUGUCGGAGGUAGGCCUGGGGACUAAUGGCGGUGGUGUCGGGUCUUCUUCGUCGCCAUCCAAGUUCCGGUCGGCUCGCUGGUUCAACGACAAAAGCAAUCCCGAGAUGUCCGCUCUCUAUGCUGACCGGUAUUUCAAUUUCGGGCUCACUGAGGAGGAAUUGAUGUCUGGAAGACCGAUUGUCGGCAUUGCACAGUCGGGCUCCGACCUGGCGCCGUGCAACCGGUAUCAUCUGACACUGGCCAAACGAGUCCGUGAAGGGAUUCGGUCAGCUGGCGGCAUUGCAUUCGAGUUUCCAACACAUCCCAUCCAGGAGAGUUCGCGAAGGCCUACUGCGACGCUGGACAGGAAUCUGGCAUAUUUAGGGCUGGUCGAGCUGCUGUUUGCUUAUCCGUUGGACGGUGUCGUCCUUCUGACUGGCUGUGACAAGACAACUCCCGCCUUCCUCAUGGCCGCUGCUACUGUGAAUAUCCCAGCCAUCUGCCUCAACGUGGGCCCGAUGCUGAACGGCCGCAUCAAGGGCUCGAACCAGCGCAUGGGUUCAGGAACAGUUGUGUGGAAAGCCCGAGAUCUGCACGCCGCAGGUGAGAUCGAUGAUGAUAUGCUGGUGGAGAUGAUCACGUCUGGGACGCCAUCUGCUGGCCACUGCAACACUAUGGGCACGGCAUCAACCAUGAACGCGCUUGCUGAGGCCCUGGGGAUGGCACUGCCGGGAUCCGCGGCCAUUCCGGCACCAUAUCGUGAGCGAGCCCAAGUCGCGUACAAGACGGGCAGACAGAUUGUCGAAAUGAUUCAUGCGGACCGCAAGCCAAGUGACAUCAUGACAAGGGAAGCGUUCGAGAAUGCCAUCGUGGUCAACAGCGCCAUUGGAGGCAGCACCAAUGCUCCGAUCCACUUGAAUGCGAUUGCAAAGCAUACUGGAGUGCCUCUCGAUCUGAACGACUGGGACAAAAUCGGAUUCGACAUCCCGCUGCUCGUGAACGUCCAACCGGCCGGCGAGAUGUUGUGUGAAGAAUACUACAAGGCGGGCGGUCUCCCGGCUGUCAUGGCCGAGCUCCUGGACCAGGGCAAGCUGCACGCCCAAGCCCUGACGUGUAAUGGCAGGACAGUCAAGGACAAUGUGAGUGGUCAACACUCCUGGGACCGACAGACGAUCAGGGCGUACUCGGAACCGCAGAAAGAAAGUGCUGGGUUUCUCCAUAUGACCGGCAGUCUCUUUGAUUCCGCCAUCAUGAAGACCUCUGUCAUAUCGGACGGAUUCCGCAAAGAGUUCUUGGAAGAUCCUAACGAUCCCAACGCUUUCGAGUGCAAGGCUGUUGUGUUCGAUGGUCGGGAAGAUUUCAUCCAGCGCAUCGAUGACCCCAAGACUUCCAUCGAUAAGAGGACCAUCUUGGUCAUGAGAGGCGCGGGCCCGAUCGGAUAUCCCGGCGCCGCAGAGGUGGUCAACAUGCAUGCGCCGGGACAUCUGUUGAAGCAAGGGGUCCAUUCUCUGCCGUGCAUCGGAGACGGCAGACAGUCUGGCACGUCAGGGUCGCCGUCUAUUCUGAACGCCAGUCCGGAAGCAGCUGCAGGUGGGAACCUGGCGCUCUUACGUGACGGCGACCGGCUACGGGUCGACCUCAACAAAAGAAAGGUCAAUAUUCUGGUGGCAGAGGAUGAAUUGGAGCGGCGUCGUAAGGAGCUCGAGUCUAAAGGCGGCUAUGCGAUUCCAGAAAGCCAAACGCCAUGGCAGGAUAUCUUCAGGCGGGAGACCGGCCAGCUGAAUGAGGGUAUGGUCCUGAAUUGCGCUGUCAAAUAUCAACGCGUGGCGCAACGCUGGCCUGCGCCCCGGCACAACCAUUGA